AUGGCCACCAAAGCUGCCUCCAGCCAGUGGAUUUUGGCUUCUUUCUUCAAAAAUUUGAAGAAGAAAAUUCAUGACCAUGGAAAACUGGGCAGUCGCUUGCCUCCCACGGCGCUGACCCUGAAGCAGUUCAUGAGAAGGCAACAAGUCCUCCUCCUCUACAGAAAGAUUUUGCGAGCGAUUAGGCAAGUUCCAAGCGAGGCUGACCGAAAGUACCUUCAGGACUGGGCCAGGGAAGAAUUCAAACAAAACAAAAGUGCCACGGAAGAGGAUACAAUCCGUAUGAUGAUUACUCAAGGCAAUAUGCAGCUAAAGGAAUUAGAAAGGACAUUGGCUUUAGCAAAAUCUUAACUGAAUGGUUUUCAGAUCUCCAUGCGUUUUGCACAGGCUCAAGGCUACUGUCACAAAGCAUCAGUAGCACAUGGAAAGAUGAUCACACUAACCACGAAUGCUCAUCAAGGCAUUAACAUGUCCACUGCGGUGGCUGCAAUUACAAAGUGAACUGAUGUGAAGAUGGAAGCUUGGAACCAUGCAUUGCUCAGGUGAAGGUAGACUACCAGCAGCCACUUUGGAAAACAGACUAUUAGGUCUUGAAAAGGUAACAAGAUGGGGUUGUAACAAACAGGUCCACGGCCAAGAACCUGAGUUUGACUCCUGGGACCCACAUGGUGGAAGGAGAAACCACCACAGAAAGUUGCCCUCUGACCUCCACACAGGCACUGUGGCACAUAAACAAAAACCAACAAUAACAACAACAACAACAACAACAACAAUAACAACAACAAAGGUGACACAGAGUUACUUCAAACUUCAGCAAUUCUUGGCUUUAACCAAGAGAACUGAAUCUGAAGCCAUGCCUAUAGAAAGUGUAUACAGAGUUUGAUUUUGAGAUAGGUUUUCACUUUGUAGGCCAGGCUGGCUUCAAACCCAGAGAUCCACCUGCCUCUGUCUCUUGAGUGCUUGGAUUAAAGGUGUGUGCCACCAUGACUACAUGAGUUCAGCAUUCUUCAUGAUAACCAGAUACUGGAUUCAGAAUAUCCAUUAACUGGUACUUGGGUAUAUCAAAUGUAGUGUGUUGUACAAUAAAAUAUUAUUUGCAAUAAAAAAA